AUGUCCUCAGCUCUGUCCCCCGUUGGCAGCCGCAAGGCAGGGGCCCCUACUCGCUUGAGCCGUGGAAGGCGCUCCCUUCUAGGACCAGCUUUUGUGGAAGCGCGCAGCAGCGGCGAGGCAGCAGAUGAUGAUGAGGAGGAAGAAGGAGAAGAAGAAGAAGGAGACAGCAAAGAGACUAAAAAAAGAGACAAAGGCAGCAAGGAGACACCGCACGAAGAAGAAGAUGGAGACGAUGAUGCAGCAGACACAAAACACAGCAGCAGCAGCAGCAGCAGCAGCAGCAGCAAGAGCAGCAGCAAAGACGAGGAUGACGAUGAAGAAGGCAGUAACAAAAAGAAAGACGAAGAUGAUGAUGAUGAUGAUGAUGAUGAUAAAAAGGAGGAGACAAAGAGCAGCAAAGAUGCAGCAGAUACAAAGAAGCACACCGGAGACACAGACGAGGCAGAUGAAGACAGCGAAGCAAAAGAGAGAAAGAGCAGCAAAGUGAGUAAGAAGGAGGCAGAUGACGAUGACGAUAAGGAGACAGACAGCAGCAGCAAAGAAGAAAAAGAGACGAAGGAAGAUGAUGACAGCGAUAGCAGCAGCAAGGAACCCGCAUCUAACAAACCCGUACGCUUCCUGCGGCGCAAGGGCAGCGGCCACCCUGUGGGGGGUGUCUCCAGUUGGUUGUCUGCUGGUUUUAGUUCCACUGAGGAGACACCGCAAAGCGAAUUUGCAGACAGUGAAGGAGAGACCAAAGAAGAGAGAGAAGAAGCAGCAAAAAAAGAAAAAGAACAGCUCGCUAAGGAGCGGCAGGCUGAUAAGGAGAAGCAGCACGAAGAGACAAAGAAGCAGGCGGCGGAGUCAAUGCACGAGCACCCAGAGGAGUCUUCAUCAGAAUCGCCUUCUAAGGCAGCAGCAGCAGCAACAGCAGCAGCAGCAACAGCAGCAGCAGCAGCUGCUGCAGCAGUAGCAGCAGAGGAGAAGCCGAAGCAUCUGUCUGCGGCACCAACUGAAAAGGAAGUGGACAGAGAUACGUUGCCUGAGGAUCUGCUGCAGCGGGUGCAGCAAACAGCAGCAACACGAACAGCAGACGAGCAGCAAAAGCUGCUGCAUGCGCUGCACCUCUCGCAUGCAGCAGCUCUUAAGCUGAAGCAAAACGGCAAAGACCCCACAACCGAAAACCUUGUAGAAGCUGGGGUCUCUCUAGCGACGCAGCGCAUGGUAGCUGAGGCCCUUGGCCUCAACCAGCCCCAGCAGCAGCAGCAGCAGCAGCAGCAGCUCCAGCAGCAGCAACAGCCCCAGCAGCAACAGCAGCAGCAACAGCAGCAGCAGCAGCAACAGCAACAGCAACAGCAACAGCAGCAGCAGCAACAGGGUGUGAUACGUGUGGGUUCCCUUGAGCUGCAAACUGGGCAGUGGCUGCGUGGGGCUCCGGUGGGUUUGUGGGGUGCAGCAGCAACCCCAGCAGCAGCAGCAGCAGCAGCUGCUGCUGCUGCUGCAGCAGCAGGAGCAGGACCAACAGCAGCAACAGCAGCACCUGAAGGAGCUCGUAAAGGAGGAGAAGCUGAAGACCCUCUGUAUCUAAGACUUGUAGAGAACACCCCUUUAAUGGGUGAAGCAGAAAGACAAGAAGUGUGGGGCGAUAUUAAAGCAGCAAGGAUAGCAGCAAAACAAAUUGUUAGUAGAGGCCUGCAGCCAACACGUGAAAACUUAGAGAGAGCUGGAAUCAGUAUAGCAAAACAAAAUCAUAUAGCUUGGGUCUUAGGCCUUCCCUUCAGCAGCGACGACAGCAGCAGCAGCAGCAACAGCAGCAGCUGGGCCAAUCUAAGCACAAAACAAAAGGCGGCGUGGAUAGCAGCUAUAAUACUGCUGGUGCUGGCAGCAGCAGCAACUCUAUACUGGCUGCAUACUAAAGUAUCAAGGAGCCUCGCACGCAUGCGCUGUCUCCGAAGGGAAGCCUAUCUCUCUCGCAUGCAGAAGGAGGACAGGAAGCGACGAAGCGAGAAGGAGCAGCAGCAGCAGCAGAAGCAGCUGCUGCUGCUGCAGCAGCAGGUGCAGCAGCAGCAGCAGCUUCUGCAGCAGCAAACCCUGGGGGAGAGACAGCCUUCCGGAGGCAUAGUUAAAGAGCUACGCCUGAAGACAUCUUUGAUGAGUUCUAACUCCAAUGCAGCAGCACUAAGAGACAACUCAGCAGCUGUCUCCUCUGCAGCAACAAUGCAGCCAACAAGGAGACACCUCAGGGGCUUUACUCUUAAUGGGAAGCUUCUAGGGGGGCCCCCGACCCAGGAGAGCGACAGCAGCAACUCCCACAUACGCUGCAGCAGCAGCGCAGCAGCACAAGAGAACUACGAGACAUCUGCUGCAGCGAUGCACCAUAAUGCUUCAUUUCUCUCUUCAGUCAACACCAAUACGCACUUAGCAGAUAAACAAGACCCCCAUAGACAGCAUACUCGCCGCAUGCUGCAUGCAGAUUUAGGUGUACAUACAGCUCAGCAUACCCACCACCAUCAGCAGCCACCAACGCCCUAA